CGGGCGGGUAACAUGGCUUCUCUCCGUGUGUCUGUGCUGCUUGUGGCCGCCUCAUGCCUCCUGCUGGGGUCUGGGCUCCGGGCCGGGCCCCGCACUCUCGUCCUGCUGGAGAACAUCAACCUACGGGAGACGCACUCUCUCUUCUUCCGCAGUCUCUCUGACAGAGGAUUUGACCUUUCCUUUCGAACAGCCGAUGAUCCAAGCCUGUCCCUGAUCAAGUAUGGAGAGUUCUUGUACGACAAUCUGAUCAUCUUCUCCCCCUCUGUCGAAGAUUUUGGUGGAAACAUCAACAUUGAGACUAUCAGCUCAUUUAUCGACGGAGGCGGCAGUGUGCUGGUUGCAGCAAGCUCAGAUAUCGGGGACCCCCUGCGGGAGCUGGGCAGCGAAUGUGGCAUUGAGUUUGAUGAAGACAAAACAGCUGUGAUUGACCACCAUAACUAUGAUAUCUCCGACCCGGGCCAGCACUCACUUAUUGUGGCCGACUCUGAGAGCCUUCUGAAAGCUCCAACCAUUGUGGGAAAGGCUCCUCUGAACCCCAUUCUCUUCAGGGGUGUUGGCAUGGUGGCCGAUCCGGACAAUCCUCUGGUACUGGACAUUCUGACUGGCUCUUCCACCUCCUACUCCUUUUUCCCGGAUAAGCCAAUCACACAGUACCCACACGCUGUAGGGAAGAACACGCUCCUGAUCGCAGGGCUACAGGCCAGAAAUAACGCCCGUGUCGUGUUCAGCGGCUCCAUGGAUUUCUUCAGUGACGCCUUCUUUAACUCCGCCGUACAGAAAGCCGCCGGGGGCUCCAACCGGUAUGCCAAAACUGGCAACUACGAGCUGGCCGUGGCCCUGUCUCGCUGGGUGUUUAAGGAAGAGGGCGUCCUGAGAGUCGGGCAAGUCUCCCAUCACCGCGUAGGGGAAUCCUCUCCUCCAAGCGCCUACACUGUCACUGACCUUGUGGAAUACAGCAUCGUGAUUGAACAGCUGUCCAAUGGAAAGUGGGUGCCGUUUGAUGGGGACGAUAUCCAGCUGGAGUUUGUCCGUAUUGAUCCAUUUGUUAGGACCUUCUUAAAGAAGAAUGGAGGGAAGUACAGUGUCCAGUUCAAGCUCCCGGAUGUUUAUGGUGUGUUCCAGUUCAAGGUGGAUUAUAACAGGUUGGGGUAUACACACCUGUACUCUACCACACAGGUGUCGGUGCGCCCCCUGCAGCACACCCAGUACGAGCGCUUCAUCCCCUCGGCCUACCCGUACUACGCCAGCGCCUUCUCCGUCAUGUUCGGACUCUUUAUAUUCAGCAUCGUCUUCCUACACAUGAAGGAGAAAGAGAAAUCUGACUAAGGUAGUGCACUUACGUGAAAUCUCCACCAGAGGGCGCCUACACCUGGCCCAUAAGAUCCUUCAUUGGCCGGCAUUCAGCUCUGAUUUGGGAUGGUUUUUUUGGUUUAAAAAAAUUAAAAUUAAUAAUUAACUUUUUUUACUGUGCUACGUUGAGAGAGAGGGAGCGGCCGGCCCCAGCACAGACGGGGUUAAUCACCAGAGGGGAGAGCAUGAAAUUCACCCGCCCAGGGAACUGCACUGAUCACAUUCCCGGCAGUCGCUCGUCGCUUUGUGUCACUGUGGAUGUAUUUUUAUUUCAUUCGUUUUGUCGUUGGACUGGGAUGAGGGGCACUUGAACCUUUGUAAUAAAAUCUCUUCCCCCCCCCCCUAAA